AUGUUAUUUCCAAACAUCGUGCUUAUUUUCUUGGUUAGAAAUAAACAAGUUGUCUUCACGUUUAUUUUUUGUUAACAAAAUGAGUGAUUAUCGUGAUAAUAAGAAAAGAAAGCAGUACUAUGGUCUGAAAUAUACAAAACGAGCUCGAACAGCAGUAGAAGCAGGCUUGAAAGGAUUCCUCUGCAGUUGCAAUGGCCACGAAAAAGAAUGCGUCAAAGAAUCUUACAAUAUCCUCAAUAAAUUCGCUGAUAUUCUCUACAAGCCACAAAAUGUCCCAUCCACCAACGAAAAAGACAUUGAAGAUGACCUCUCUUCGGAAAUCGCCAGUUUAAAGAAGGAAUUUCGCUUCAAUUUGAUGGAAUCAGGAGCAAAAAAUCUACUUUUCAUCAAAACUUCUGUUGAAGACCCUGUAGCUUUAGCAACAACGAUUGUUAAAGAUGUUCAGGAGCAAAAUAAUCCUCAGACUAGAUUUCUAGUCAGGCUGGUUCCAAUUCAACAGACUUGUAAAGCAUUCAUGGAGGAUAUCACUGCUGCCAGUAAAUUAUUACUGGAUACACAUUUACCAUCCAAUAAGACGUUUUCUAUUGUUUAUAAUCAUAGAAAUAAUAACAAUUUAAACAAGGAGAAGGUUAUUCAAGAGGUGGCUGCAGUUGCAGACAGUUUUAAAAGGGAUAACAAGGUGAAUCUGAAACAACCUGAUGUUUGUAUUAUCAUUGAGGUGAUUAAGAAUAUUGUUUUCUUGAGUGUUGUGCCUGAUUAUGUUAAGUAUAAAAAGUUUAAUUUGUUGACUGGCACAGUACAAAAUCAGGAAAAGAGUGAAAAUAAUUCAGUUUCAACAGAAAACAAAGGUGAUGAUGUUAAAACUGAAAAUGUUGAUACACAUGAAGUAAAAACAGAUGAAGUUGAUGUUAAAACAGAAUAAAAACAUACUUUUCAUGAUUUA